AUGGCCGCCGCAAUUGCCACGGCAACAGAUGCUCUGCAGGGCUCUAGCAUGAGCAGCUCGUACCCCGCAGUCCGCUCGCAGCUGGCCUCCAUCAUGGCCGCGGUGGCAGAGAUGUGCGCCCUCCUGGAUGAGAGCUACGCCGCUCUGCAGAUGGAGCUGAGCCGCAGCCACAGAGAGAACCAGGCGCUGAGGAGCAAGCUGCAGCUGCUGCACGGAGUCCACGGAGGGACCAGGGGGGACCGGGGAGACCACCGGGAGCACCGGGAACACCGAGGCCCUGCGCUGCUGUACGCGGGGAAGGACAAGCCGUGUGGGGACUCGUCUCCAGGACCUGAGACCAAAGUGAAGUGUUGUGAGGAUGUGUCUCCUGCAGACAGCACAGGCUCCCAGGGGCCCCCUGCUGAGGCCACUCUGCAGCUGAGCCUGAGGCUGUCGACCGCAGAGGAGGAAGAGGAGGAGGAGGAAGAGGCUGAUGUGGUGGUGAUCAAAGAGGAAGACACUGAUGAAGAGUACGAGAUGUCGCUGCCGCAGGAGCUCACAGAGCCAGAGAAGAGCGCCGCAGGACCCUCUGUGCCCUCCACUCCUGCAGGGGGCGCUACACACAAAGUCAUAGACCUGACCCCAAAGGCCUGUGGAGGAGGCUUCAGCCUCAGCGCUGCGUCUGCUGCACUUGCUACGUCUGCUGCGUCUGCUGCACCUGCUACGUCUGCUGCGUCUGCUGCACCUGCUGCGUCUGCUGCACCUGCUGCGUCUGCUGCACCUGCUGCGUCUGCUGCGCCGCAGAGAACAUGGAGCACUCAGAGUCUGCGCCUGGAGCCAGAGCUGGGCGUGUUCACGCUGCAGGACAGACCAGAUCUCAGUGAUGUCACCGCGCACAGACCUGCGCACAGACCUGCGCACAGACCUGCGCACAGAGCAGACGCCUUCCCGUUCCUGGGCCUCAGUGCGUCGCAGCUUGAGCUGAGUCGCAGCGGCGGCGGCGGCGAACGGCGUUUCUGCUGCACCUACUGCGGGAAGUGCUUCUCGUCGGCGCGCGGCCUUGAGACGCACAUCCGCGUGCACACGGGCGAGCGGCCCUUCUGCUGCGCACAGUGCGGUAAACGCUUCACUCAGUCUGGGCACUUGAAGACCCACCAGAGCGUCCACACAGGGGACCGGCCCCACCCUUGCUUCAGCUGCGGAAAACGCUUUGCCGGGAAACAGAACCUCAGGCUGCACCAGCAGAAGCACCAUGCCCAGGACCCUCAGGCCCUCUGA